AUUCAAAAGUUGGGCGUAAAUCAAACACUUUACCCAACUCAUCCCUGCGAAUUUUUAUUUUUAUUUUUUAUUUUUUCGCAUCAUAAUAAACUAUGUCCUAUUUACAUGAAAAAAUAAUUUCUCCCUUCCCAGUAAACCUAAAAAAAACAACACAGCAAGAAUAGUGAGUGGUUGAAGCUAGUGGGUCCUUUACGUUUCCAGAUUCCAAACUCCUCUUUUGAUUUCCACCCCACUCCCCCCCCCACAAACCCCAAAUCCCCCUCUCUUUCACCUUCUCCCUCCCUCUCCGCCAUUAGAGGAAGAAGAAGAAGAAGAAGAAGAAGAAGAGGAGGAGGAGGAGGAGGAAUGUCGGAUUGGGGGCCUGUGUUUGUGGCGGUGAUCUUGUUCGUGCUCUUAUCGCCGGGGCUUUUGUUCCAGAUCCCGGGGAAGGGCCGCGUGGUGGAGUUUGGGACGCUGCAGACGAGCGGGCUCUCCAUAAUCAUACACUCCAUCAUCUUCUUCGCCCUCGUCGCCAUCUUCCUCCUCGCCGUUGGCGUCCACAUGUACAUCGGAUCUUAAUAACAAUGUUUUCUUUUUCUUCUUUUGAAAGGGAAAGAAAAAAAAAAAAAAUUUGGAUUUUGCGUGUGAUUUCAAUGUGGGAUUUUUAGAGUUGGGAGCAAAGUUGUCGCCUUUUUUGUUUCGUUUCUCCCCUCUUGAUGGGCAUGUGUUGAAUUCUCUGUAAUUUGCUCUGUAACUUGCUCUUAAAAUUGCAAUGUUGGGAGUGGUUCCCAUGAUGUGGGCUUUUAUUAAUGUUGAGAUUGUUAAUUAAGAAUUGUCCUUCUCAUUGGUUUCUCUUGAU